UCAUUUGCCGCUUAUCAGCAAGUUUUUCGUAUGCAAGCUAUGCGCAGUGGCUCCUAUAUGCCCCGGAGACGGCUGUCCACAACAACUAACCAAAUGGCACAGUGAAUUUGAAUGCGACUUCUUCAGAUCUCUCAAGUUAACACGAAGUGUGAAUCCUAUGACGAUGGUACAGAAUGUAGGCUCUCUGUUGGUAUUGAGGGCGGUCUUAAAAAAGGACGUUGAUAAAACAGCUUGGCAGGACUUUCUGCAACUUGAGACACAUUUGAAUGAGAGAAAAGGAACAAGCGUUUGGGAGUACUGUGAAAAUACUGUGAAGUUUAUUCAAUCUCUGGGACUUAUGGAAGGUGUUAAGGAUAAUAAUUUAGUACAAAAGGUAUGUGCAGCGGUGGAUGUGAAUAGUUUCGAAGUUAGAGGACCGCCGGUACCAGCGAUUGGAUGUUCAGAAAUACUUCGCGGGGUUUUUUUGAAGGCAGCGCUAAUGGCGCACGAUUGUGUUGCCAACACACAUAUUGCCAUAGAUGAGAGUAAUGUGUUAAUCUGUCAUGCAAGCACUGAUAUCAAAAAAGGAGAAACAAUUUACUAUAAUUAUACAGAUCCCUUAAAGGGUACAGCUAUACGACAACAACAUUUAUUGAUUGGUAAAUACUUUAAAUGUACAUGCAAAAGAUGUCAAGAUAUGACCGAAAUGGGCACUUACAUGAGUUCAGCACUUUGUCCUACAUGUAAAACGGGAUAUAUCUCGGAGAUUAGUGACGAAACAUGGGUAUGUCAUGACUGCGGCGCUAAAUUUGAAUCCUCCGAAAUUAGACAUAAGGUUCAAUGUUGCUCUGAGAAACUGGCUGUUAUAAAUAAAAAAGAUGAAAAGGAACUGGAGGAGUAUAUUAAAAAUGUUUCGCUCUUACUGGCACCAAAUCAUUAUCUUCUGUUAGACGCUAAACAACGGCUAGCCGGGGUACUAAGAGACGCCAUCAACAACCAGCCCAGACCAACCAAGAAGAUGAUGAGACGGAAAAUAGAAUUGUGCAAAGAACUCUUGCCAGUGCUUGAUAAGAUAAGCUCAAAGAUAUGCAGGAUUAAAGCUAUCACACUUUACGAAUUACAUGCUACUCUAGUACAGCUUGCUAAAAAGCUGUUUGAUGGCCGAGAAAUAAAUGGAUCCCACUAUUUGGAAGAAUUACAAAAUGCUGAGAAAUGUUUAAAGAAAUCACUGGAAAUGCUUUUAAUCGAACCUGGAAAUUCACCCGAAGGAGAAUUAUGUGCAAAGGCGCUCGAGGAAUACAGAGCACUUAAGAAAUCUAUUUCGGAACUUAUGUUGGGACUACACUCUGAGAGCAAAACAUUUGUUACCGGGAAGAAUACGGGCUCGAGUGCGACUAAUGGAAAUAAUUAA